CUCUGGUCACCACUCAUGCCAUUGAAUUCGUGAUUUCGUUUCUUUACGCCGGAUUUCAGCAGAUCACGAGGAAAUCGCGAUAAUUUCUUUGUUUUGAAAGUGCAUUAAUAAUUGUAAAAACAUGGCUCUUCACGUACCUAAAGCUCCGGGGGUACCCCAAAUGUUAAAAGAGGGGGCACGGAUGUACUCUGGAUUAGAAGAAGCAGUUUACCGUAACAUAAAUGCAUGCAAACAAUUCGCCCAAAGCGUGCGUUCAGCAUAUGGUCCAAAUGGCAUGAAUAAAAUGAUUAUAAACCAUAUUGACAAGCAAUUUGUAACUAGUGAUGCUGGUACCAUCAUUAGAGAACUUGAUGUUGAACAUCCUGCUGCCAAGUUAAUGGUGUUGGCAAGUCAGAUGCAAGAUUCUGAAGUUGGUGAUGGCACCAACUUUGUCAUUGUCUUUUCUGGUGCACUCUUAGAGGCCGCUGAAGAACUGCUGCGGUUAGGUGUAACACCUAGUGAAAUUGCAGAUGGAUAUGAACAGGCUCUUGAAAAGGCUAUUGAAAUUUUGCCCAGCCUUGUUUGUGAAGAAAUCAAAGAUUGUAAAAAUGUAGAGGCAGUAACUAAAGGAAUCACACCUUCAAUCAUGUCCAAGCAGUAUGGCUAUGAAGAUUUCAUUGCCGCUCUUGUAUCUAAGGCUUGCAUUGCCAUUCUGCCGGAAAAGACAACAUUUAAUGUUGAUAAUGUGAGAAUAUGCAAGAUUCUUGGAUCAGGACUGCUACAGUCUGAAGUCCUAUCUGGCAUGGUCUUCAAGCGUGAAAUUGAAGGAGAUGUAACAGUUGCCAACAAGGCCAAAGUGGCUGUCUUCUCAUGCCCUGUUGACAUAACACAAACUGAAACUAAAGGAACAGUACUGAUUAAAUCUGCUGAUGAACUUCUAAACUUCAGUAGGGGAGAAGAGUCCCUUCUUGAGAAGCAAAUCAAAGAGCUUGCUGAUACUGGUGUCAAAGUUGUAGUAGCUGGUGCUAAGUUUGGUGAUAUGGCUCUGCACUUCUUGAACAAAUAUAAUUUAAUGGCAGUCCGUCUCAACUCUAAGUUUGACAUCCGUCGUCUUGCUAAAACAGUGAAUGCCACUGUAUUGCCCAGAUUUAUUACCCCAACAGCUGAAGAAUUGGGCUACUGUGACUCAGUUGGUGUUGAGGAGCUUGGUGACACGCGCAUUGUUUACUUCCGUAUGGAGAGCUCUGAGUCUCGUCUUUCCACUGUUGUCAUUAGGGGCUCAACAGACAACUACAUGGAUGACAUUGAAAGGGCUAUUGAUGAUGGUGUUAACACAUUCAAGGGAAUUGCUAGAGAUGGAAGGUUUGUACCUGGUGCUGGAGCAACAGAAAUAGAAUUAGCCCAGCAGCUCCUAACUUAUGCAGACACUUUACCAGGAUUAGAACAGUAUGCUGUCAGGAAAUUUGCUGUUGCUCUUGAGAGCAUUCCUCGUGCCUUAGCAGACAAUUCUGGAGCAAAUGCUACAGAAGUCAUAAACAACAUCUACAAAGCUCACAAGGAGGGCAACAAAAACGCUGGAUAUGACAUUGAAUCUGAAAACAAUGGAAUUAUCGACGCAAAAGAAAAGAACAUUUUGGACUUGUUUGUUUUAAAGAACUGGGGACUCAAAUACGCAGUAGGCGCUGCCACAACCAUCCUCAAAGUCGACCAAAUCAUCAUGGCUAAGAGAGCAGGAGGCCCAAAACCGAAAGCCCCAGCAGGAAGUGAUGAUGAAUCCUAAAUUUAACGCAAUAGAUUAUACUAAUGUUAAUUUCGCUAAAGAUUUUAGUUUAAAAUAUAAGUAUUACUGAGAACUAAUAGUAUACUACCUUAUUAGGUCUCAGGAUAAAGCUAAAUAAUUGCAUUUAAUUUUAAAUGAAAAUAAUUUUCUUUGUUACACCAUUAUGUUUUAAAUCUAUGCUUCGUACUUAGUUUCUGUUGUAUCUGUAUUCCUUUUUAGUGUGGUUUUCAUAGUGAAAACGAGACUGAAAUGCUUGCAAAAUAUACGUUUUUUUCUGGAACGAUAAUUCUCCGUCGCAAAACAUUAAGUACUAAUAAAUAUUUAACACAAAA